ACGAAGUAGUCCACUCAUUUUCUCGACGCUCAACACCAAUGGGGGGAGGUAGCACACUCCGCACUGCCGGCCGGCCAGUGGCCCCCGGAAUGAGCGCUCCGGCGAUGGGCGCGUCACCGGCCAAGCCCCCUGGCCUUGUCUCCUUCUCACCCUCUUCUUCUUCUUCUUCUUCUUCUUCUUCUUCUUCUUCCCCCUCGCUGCUACUACGAGUCACCACCAUUCGCUGAUUGAUGGAGAGGAAGAGCAGCACAAGCUUGGGAUCUCUCGUGGCUUCAUCUUUGGUCCAGCUCCAUCCGUGAAAGAAGCUGAGGAUGCGAUCUCUAUCUUGGAACAGAUGGUUGCUUCAUUGACACUUUCUCAGGUUCUCAGAGAUAGAUUUGUUCACAAUUUGGAUGAGGAUGAUAGGGUUGAUGAAAUUCCAGCUUCAAUUGAAUUGUUGAAUCAGAGAAUUUCUGGUUCUUCUUCUCAGCAUCUUCAUAGACCAAAUGCCUCCAAAGUUCUUGAUGCGUUUCGCUUAUUGAAAUCAAACCCUUCUGUUCAGAGGAUGGUGGUCUCAUUGUCAUCUGAUGAGAAUGUUUGGAAUGCAGUUAUGAACAAUGAGCUUGUUCGAAAACUUCGGGCAUCACUUGGUUCAGAUGAUAGACUACAUGCAGUAAAAACCAGUAUAACAAACAAGUCUAGUGAAGGAUCCGACAUAGUUGGGAUGAUCUUGGGGUGGAUUUAUGAGUGUACAAAGAUGAAGAUUGUGGAAAUCAUCGGCAACAUCAUGCAGCUCAUGAGUGUUAUUUUCCACUCUUCCGUGAAGGAAAAGAACUUCGAGACCGCCGAUGAUCUAUUGAGGUCUUCCCUCAUGUUGGCUGUCAUGGUCUUCAUUAUAGUCAUCGUUACUCGUAUUCAAAGUGCAUAAGACUCAUCAUCAUUCAGUAGUUAUUGUUGUUGUUUUUACAUCCCCCUUUUCUCAUCAAACAUUUAUCAGCUUUGUUCUUGGUUCUGUUUGUUUUUCUGUGACUGUAUAUGUAAUAUGUUACUAUGAACACCUCUCUUUGAAUGCAGAAAUUGUGAGCUUUUUUUCUUA